AUGGAGGUGAGGAAAGAGUGUAAAGUAGCUUGUCUGCAAGAGGAUGAGGCAUGGCAGCUAUUCCAAGAUAAGGUCGGACACGAAACUCUAUCUUAUAGUCCUCGCAUUGAAGCUCUUGCAAGAGUACUUGUGCAGGAAAUGAAGGGCUUGCCAUUAGCUUUGAUAACAAUUGGAAGGGCAAUGUAUGGCAAAAUUGAUACGGCUGAGUGGGAAUAUGCCAUCCAACAUAUGAAACGGUCAUGUUGUGAUAGUGAUGACCUACUUGAUAUGGAAAGAGCCGUUUUCAGUCGGGUCAAGUUUAGUUUUGAUAGUUUACGAAACAACAGCUUGAGGUAUUGUUUCUUGACUUGUGCACUAUGGCCAGAGGAUGAGAUGAUUCCCAAAUUAAAGCUUGCUCGAUGCUGGAUUGGCUUAGGCCUAGUGGAUGAGUCAGAUAUACAAAGUUGUUACACAAAAGCAUACAGUCUGAUGGGUGAACUUUCAGCUGCAUGUUUAUUAGAUGGUUGUGGAGAACUAUAUGAUUCUGUUAUAAUGCAUGAUGUGGUUCGUGACAUGGCUUUAUGGAUCUCUUGCGGCUGCGGGGAGAACAAUGGCAAAUGGUAUGUCCGUGCAGCAGUUGGUCCGAACGAAAAUUUCAGCAUCCCUUGGAGCCAAGUUGAAUGUGUCUCAUUGAUGAAGAACCGUUUGUCGAAACUUACUCAUGUUGGCUCUAACCCUCGUCAUAUGAGGAUGUUAUGCCUUGGAAACAACAUGUUGCGUGAAAGCAUAAUAAUUGAAGUAAUUAAGAAAUUCACGUCACUGACAUAUCUAGAUUUGCACUCAAACGACCUGAAGGGAAUACCUGAAGAAUUAUGUUCCUUGGCAAACUUGGAGUACCUGGAUUUGUCGGAUAAUGAUGGUAUAAAUGAAGUGCCUCUCUGCUUUGGAAACCUCAUUUAG